CUGUGAUCAACACAAAAUUUUUAUGUAAAAGAUUUGUAAACAUGGAGGCCAAGCAUUGUGCACUUAAGAACUUGUGUAUUUAGAUCACAGUAAUUCCACAAAAGCAAGUUUUUUUAAGUUUGUGUGCCGUGUACAGCAGUUCUGCAAUGUUUAUUUACACCAUUAUUUGAUUGAAAUGAAGAGUUACGUCGUACUUUUCUUCGGAGUAUCUUGACCAACCUUGAAAAAUGGGCACAGAAGUGCCAAAAACACAUGAUUCAAGUGGUGAUUCAGAUUCUAACAGUGAUUCUGAGAAUAGUUCUAGUGACACAUCAGGAAGUGACUGGGAAUGUUCUGGUUCAAAACAAGUGAACACUAGGAAACCACAUUUCUCAGUUACAUCUUGUGAUACUGGGCUUAAACUUAAAAUUGCUGCAAUACCAAGAAAAGUAACACCUAAAAAAUCAGCAAAGCCUACAGUGAGAAAGAAAAGUAAUGAUACUAUAUCAAAGCAAAGACAGAAUGAGAAAUCUAAAAAGAAGCUGUCAGACAGUAGUUCCAGCUCAGAAUCAUGUAGCAAAUGCUCGUCUGCAACAUCAAGUGAAGAUGAUUUGCCAUUGAAAGCUGUUAAAAAAUCCUUACCAUCAAAAAACUCACUAAAAGUUAAAACAAGUGUAAAGAGUGACUGUGAGGGUAGUGAAAAGGACAUAAAAGUCAAGGACAAGUCAUGUAAAAGUACAUCUACUGUGAAGAAGAAUAAGUGUGAUGAGUCUAGCCAAGAAGGGAAGAGGCAGGGACGUCAGCGGGCCAAGUUUGCAUCACCGACGGUGGCGAGUGCAGCGUGUGGUAGCAGCUCUUCUUCAUCGACUUCCUCGUCGUCGUCAUCAUCAUCAUCCUCUUCAUCAACAUCAUCCGACUCAGAUACCCCUGAUGCGGGCACACAGAACCAGCCCGAUGACUCGAAUGUUGCCCUUGCCGCGGCCUGCCAGUUACAGGUCAUCGACGAUGCAGACCUCGCGGAACUAUUUCCAGAGCAAUCGUCGAGUGCGCCUGUGCAGCAGACUAAUUUCACGACGUUCGCUGAACACAGCGCGGCACCGGACGACGAUAAAUCUACUGUUGAUAAUGGCGACGGAUCCAGCAGUGAGAUGGAGCUUACGCCCCAGUUAGUUACUGCUGCUAUACAGAGAGCAACGGCUGAUUCCUCUGGAUCGGAAAAUGAAUGCUCCAAUUCGGAGACAGUACAGAAUACAUCACAUUACGCGUCAAGUUUAUUACAGCAGUUUGUGGCUCAAACACAACUUUUAAGCAAUUCUGCACCUUUAACUAAUAUAAAUUCUUCAUCAAUAUCCUGUGGAUUGAAUGCAAAAGAUGGAAACAUUCAAUCGACGAUCGGGGAUUGUGUGCUGGGACAGUUAAAUAAUCUGCCAGAAAUAUCACCAAUUACACCUAACUUCUUAAGUGGCAGUACUCACUUAAGUCCCCAACAUACUGAAGAGUUGUCGCUAAUAAAUAAAGAUCUUGCGGAAAUAUCAUCUGUUGCCGAUUCGGUCGAUAUACCUAACCCACCAAGUUUAGACGAUUGUGUUGAGAAUAACGACUUUAUGAACCUCGAUAUAGCAGGAACUUCGGUACUGGGUAGUGCAAGUGAUCUAUUACAGAGUUCACCUAUCACAGUCGCCAGCAACGAUAUUAACUCGUUGAAUCAAAUUGACGCAAACAAAUUGUAUACAAUCAGUACGAAUUCGCUUGAAUCUCAAGAUGACUCGAAAAAUGUUGCCGUUGAAUCUAGAAGGAAAAGAGGUCGACCGAGAAAAGUGAAAAAGGUUGAGGAAUUUGUUAAGAAAGGAGCUGAAUCUCAAAGGGAUGACAAUCAAGCCGCCAAUGUCGUCAAUCACUUUCAUAAUGGUAAUGACCCACCAAAUGUUUCGCCUGAUUCGGGAAUUUUAUCAAAUCAUAAUUCGCCAACUCAAUCACCAUUACGUCGCCUUGAUAUAGAUGAGGGUAGCAGCAGAAACCGUAGGAAAUCUGUUCAAAAAGAAAAUACGUCAGAAAGAAAAAGUGCAAGGUCGAAAUCCAAAACGAGAUCCCGAACUCAAGAUAGGUCUGAUUCCAGUGACAAUGAUUUUAGAAAGAAAAGAAUUGAAACUGAGAUCAAACAAAUCAAAACAGAAGCCCCAUCACCCGUCCCACUGAAGCAAGAACCGAAUAGAUUGGAAAAACCAAAGAAAAACGACCGUAAAAUCGAUAUCGCGGCCUUAGAUAGAAUGCUAUAUGCGACGGAUAGAGUCCUUUAUCCGCCACGAAAAAGGCCGGGUAGGAAGCCACAAGCGAAAUCAAAACCUAUAAAAACAGCUUCAAAAACACUAAAAGAUAAAAAUCAGUAUAACUCUGGUGACAGUGAUAAUGAUUCAGCUUCUCCGAAUAGAUCUGUUCUGUCAGGGGUAUAUGCUAAAAGAAAAGAACUCAAUAGUAAACUGGCAGUCUUGCCAAAAAAGAGCAGUAAAACAAUAACUAAUACUUGGAGGGAAAAUCAAAGCGAAAAUGAAGCUGCCGCAGAUGACAUGAUUGACCCUACAUGGAAAGAAAUUGAUCUAAAUCCAAAGUACAAAGAACUCCUCUCGGGAUAUAAAAGUGAUUAUGAAUUUAAACCAUACAAAAGCUGUAGUAGACUUAUUGAAUCAGGUUAUAAAAGCGAUUAUGGAUUUAGAAGCGGCUAUAAAAGUGACUACAAUCGCUCUGGUUACAAAACUGAUUAUAAGUCGGGAUAUAAGACUGAUAAAUCGGGAUAUAAAACUGACUAUAGUGUUAGAAGUGGCCGAAGGCGAAUCAAGAAGUUGAAAAAGACGAGAUCCGUUCGCAAUAGGUCAUAUUAUAAAAAUCAGAAGCAUUUUGUAUCUGAUCAAGAGAUAUUAUUGUUAAGCAAUAAAACAUUUAGCAGUCUCACGCUUGGGCAUAGUUCAAGUGACUCUGAAUGUGAUAAUUAUAUGAGAAAAUCUGCCGCAAGUCCAAAGUACAUUAGUGUAUGUACGAAAUAUCCAUUACCAUCGAAAUAUGACUACAGUUUUAAAAAAAAUAAUCAGAAAAAUAUAUUGCGGGUUAAUUCAUCAGAUCCUUUUGCUCCAGGACCAGUCUUUAGCGGGUUGCAGAGACCAGUUACAACUUAUAAUAUUUUUAAAGUAAGCCAUAAUAAUAACAAUACUCUUUUAAAACCUCCAGGGCAGUCAAAGGCUUCAAGUGGAACGUUACUCCCAUUAAAACCAGUUUUUACACACAAAUUCGGAGUAUCGCCUUUAACGUCAACAAAGCAGUCGCAAAAAGAAGUUGAUAAAAUAAAUAGUAGAAAUCUCUCUCCGAGAAAUCGAAAGCAGGGUAAAUUUGCAGCGACAGCCCCCUUACCAACUCCUAAGAAGGAACAUGUGAAACCAUUACCAAAUAUAUUCGAAAAGGCAAAAAGUUGUUACGUUCCUAAUAAGUCUUUAUCACGCAAUGUUUUUCUAAAUUUCAAAAAGUCUGACAUCAAACCAACGUAUCAUAUAAAGAAACAUAGAAGAACUGUAGUACUUGCUCCACCCAAGAUCAACUUAAAACCUACAGAGAGGCCAUCUCGAAUCACAAUUAAAACAGAAAGUAAACAUCACAGACAUCGAAGUAAAAGACGACACAGGUCGAGAUCAGUAUCUCGGUGCAGAGAAUCUGCUAACCGUAAUGAAGCUGAAACAAUUGAUCAAAAAUUUAAUACUGAUAUGGACAAUCUCAUAAACAAUUUUAUUAAGCUGUGCCAGGUUGCACCAAAAUUAUUGACAAACGUCGGAUUAAACUCUCCAAAGCAUGUAGAGAAGGAAAAGCCUCCAUCAGAGACCGCUGCGGCUAAGGUAGUAAAACGAACUUCGAAGAAGCGUAAAACUUCUGACAAUUUAGAAACUGCGACACCUACAUCAAAACGAAGACAUAAAAAGCAGUUAGCAGAAUCUCAAAAUAAAGGUGGAAAAGAUACAAAUGAACAUAAACUACCGCUUAAGAAAAGGCAUUAUCACAUAAACUCGUCAACCAGCAAUUCAUUAAGUUUAAGUUUGGUGACCUCUGAGUUUGAUGAAAAUUUGAAGAAUGAAGCUGGAUCUGAAAAGUUUUUGUGUACAGAAUCUGAUUGCCUUGUUGAUUUACAAACUCAAGAUUCUGAAGAUUCACCUAAAUCUAAGUCGGUUUCUGAAAAAUCUAAAAGACCGGGUGAGAGUUUAAAAAUUGUUACGGCAUCUGAGAGUAAGAUUAUUUCAGAUUCAAUGCCGAAGGAAAUUAAAACAGAUGGUGAUACUAAAAACAUAAUAAUAAAAAAUGAUGAAAGCAACUCUCCAGUCAUGGAUGAUUCUGCUUCAAAUUCAAUUAACAUUACGGACGAUGAUUUGUUGAUAAAGAAGCCAUCGGCAGAACAGUCUGAACUGUCAAAAAAAAUAUAUGAAACCUCCGAAAAAUUAAAAGCUGUCCAUAAAAUGGUUCAUGAUUUGGAGAAAAGCUUACCGAAAACAAAGGAUGUCGAUGUUAAACCAGAAUCAUCAAAAUUAGACAAUAGUCGAAUUUCCUCCCCUAGAUCUGAAACGAAAUCAUCACCAAUGCGAAAUCCCAUAGUGACGCCGAAAAAGCGCCAUAGGCUGGAAGCUGAAAAGGAUGCAUCACACUCCAACCUUAAUAAUGUUGUGCAGUCUCUAUCUAAAAAAAUAUCCGAAGAAAAGCCUUUGAUCUCCGAUAAGAAAGAUAUAAAUGAAAAUACGUCUCAGGAAGAUAUUAAGGAUGAUGAAAAAACGACAUCUCCUUCACCAAACACCACAUCAGUUCCAGCGUCAGGUACCGGAACUGAUCCUUUAAAGAGUAUGUCUGCCAGAUCAUUAUAUAAGAGUGCAAUUCCACCUGCACAGAAAUCGGAAAUAAUGACUCGAAAGAAAAACAGGCUCGAAGGCUUAACGAGCAAUUUAGUUUCCAAAAUUAAUCCGAGUGCCGCUACUAAAGUACUUGAUACACUUUUAAACAACAACAUAAGAAAAUCAAUAGAAUCACGAAUAUUGGAAAAGGAGAAAAGUAAUUCUGACAGUAGUUGCAGUAACAAAUCAGAUGAUAAAAUCAGAGGAAAAGAUUCACCGAAUAAUCAGAUAAACACUAGAGCCAGCGUCAUUAAAUCUCCGGUAUCGAAAGGGAAGCUAUUGGAGACUAAAUGUAAAACCAGAACAUCUGACUCCUCGUUAUCGGGCAACACUGUGGUUGUAAACGUCGAUAAUCCCACUGGAAUUUUUGAAUCCUCUGUAGACUUAGAAGACCAAAUUCCUAAAUCAUCUAUAUGUGUCAGUAACAUACUAGCCGAAAAGAAUAAAAAAUUGAAAAACCACGAUUCGAAAAGUUCUAUAUUAUCUUCUAUCGAUACUGAAUCGGAUUUACCAUUAUCCUUUAUCGCAGAAUCUUCUGAUUCUAUUUUAAGACCUAAACGAGGGGAAUCUAUAGCGGCAGUCAUAUCUGAUAAAAUCCAAGAGACUGCUGGUGGCCACAACUUACGACAACCUAAAAGAAAUUUAAUGACUGAUAGUGAUGAUGCAAACGAAAAGAAAAAGAAGAAAACUUCUAAUAAUAUCAUAAGAGAAAGUAAAUUAGUUCUUCCCUCUAAAAUAUUAAUUCCGAAAGUUCAAGCAGAGAGGAUGCCAAUUGGUAAUAUAAUAAAGAAAUCUCACUUACAAAUUAAGAAAUCUGAACAGACUGCUGAAGAACCCAACGAUCCUAUUAAAACCAUUGAUCCUGUCAAAAAGAAACCUCGAAGACGAAAAGCUUUCAAUAGAACGGGUUUCCCAAAUGUCAAACGCAAGAAGAAAAAGGUUGAAUCUAAUAAUUCGGCUAACAGCUCCCAUGAUCAAUUAGGUUCCGAAGAUACGGAUAGUUCUGCAUUUGAGAGAGUGCCGAAAGAUGGUGAAGCUAUGAGUAACUUCUUAGAACGCACUACUAAUAAGCAACCGGAGUUAAAGAUUGUUUUGAAUAAAGAGGAAUGUCCGAAACAAGGGCGGCUGACAGUUGUUGCGCUUGAGAAACUACAAGGAAGGGAGGCGCUAAAUAAACCUAAUAAACAAGGUGAUAAAGCUGUUCCGGAAAAGAAAACUUCAUCCAUAUUAAGAGCGCCUGCUUUACAAUUAAAACAAAAGACUGAUAAAGAAAUUAAAAACCACGUCAAUAAAUGGGAAGUACUAAGUGAGACUGAUAGUAUACCUUCGUUAGCGAGUUCUCUUGGCAAUGACCCUGAAGACAGUAUUCCUUUGAGUUUAUUGAACUUGAAGCAAAAGGCCAAUAGAGUAGAAAAUAUUGAGCGAUUAAAAAGGAAAAGUCGGGUUCUUUCACCUUCUAAUGAAAUCGAACAAAUCUUUUCAAAACGCAAGGUCGUAGAGAAAACUUGCAAAGUUGGACUUCGGCCGAAAUCGAGUCUGGCCGUGUUGUAUCCCAGUGAGCGAAGACAUACGAGAAGUUUUGAUAAUACUGCUGAUGAUGGGAAAAUUAAGACAAGAAAAUCGGAAAACAAGAAAGUUUUAGAGGUUACAGAAAAAGAAAAGAAUAAACCCAUGGGCAUAAUAACUAGGAGAAAGUCGAGAUCAUGUCAGCUGAAUAAAAAGGUGGCUAAUGAUGUUGUAAACAGUUCAAGAGAGAGUUCAUUGGAGACGAUUGUUAGUCGUAAACUGCCGCCGUCACGGGAACCCUCUAUCGACACACUCUUAGACCAUGAUGAAAAUGAGCCCUUACCGCUCAAUGAGAAAGAAAUUGAUUUCGAAAAAAGCAUAGAUGUUAUAUCCAAGAAUAUUAUUUGUAAGAAGAGGGCCGCUGCUUCUCGUGAUGGAAGCCCGUCUAACGGAGUGGAUAGUAAAGAGAGAAUUGUGUCCAAGAAAAAUCCAAGGCUACGAAAGAAGUUCUUAUUAGCCGGCUUAUUCUCGGAAUACUACAAGGAAGAUCCAAAGCCAGAAGGAAAAGGAAAGAAUCUGGUUACGCAAACAGAAUUUCCCCCUGGGCUCUUGGGCCCGCCCCCAUACUGCGAACGUUGGGUUCGAAAAAGACUCAUUCACUUCACGCUGCCUUACGAUAUUUGGUGGGAACAACAUUAUAACCAACCAGUGCCUUCAUGGAAUUAUAAGAAAAUACGCACAAACGUAUACUACGACGUAAAGCCAUCAGCUGAAGAAUGCGAAAGUGUCGCCUGCAAUUGCGCGGCGUCUUCCGGCUGUAACGAAGACUGUAUCAACCGACUGGUCUAUUCUGAGUGUUCACCUCAAUUGUGUCCUAGCGGUGAUAAAUGCAAGAAUCAAAGGAUUCAACGCCACGAAUGGGCGUCUGGUUUGGAGAAAUUCAUGACUGAGAACAAAGGGUGGGGAGUUCGGACUAAACAUAGGAUAACGUCUGGAGACUUCAUAUUGGAGUAUGUGGGUGAAGUCGUCUCUGAUAAGGAGUUUAAGGAGCGGAUGGCAACCCGAUAUGCCAGGGACACACAUCACUACUGUCUACACUUGGACGGUGGUUUAGUGAUUGAUGGACAUCGCAUGGGCGGAGAUGGACGCUUCGUCAACCAUUCGUGUCGACCUAACUGUGAGAUGCAAAAAUGGACAGCUAAUGGUACUUUCAGGAUGGCGUUAUUCGCACUAAGAGACAUCGAUCCGGAUGAGGAAUUGACUUAUGACUACAACUUUUCACUGUUCAACCCAGCUGUAGGACAGCCCUGCAAAUGCGACUCGGAAGAUUGUCGCGGCGUCAUUGGUGGCAAGUCGCAGCGCAUAACGAAACAGCCACUUAAAACUCAAUCACGGACACCGUCUAAUGCCUCAAACCAAUCCAGUACCUCUAACCAGCCACGGGUUGGAAGACCACGAAAAGCAGUGAAAUGUAACAAGAAAUCUGACCAAUUGAACGUAUCGGCUUGCGACAUCAAGAACAUGACGAUUUUGAAGUACCAACAACAUUUGAACAAGCUCUGGCAAGAACCGCAGUUAAAACCUCUGACGGCUAAAGAAAGGACGCUGGUUAAGGAUAGGCAUUGCUUCUUGUUUAGGAAUUUGGAGAAUGUUCGUCGUACCCGCGAGAAGAUAACACUCCCCAUGCCCCCAUCGCCCGUAUCUAAUGUCCCAAGUGUCAGUUUGCCCCCCGUUCCCGAAGUUAUCAAUGUCGAUCCGUUAGCCUUACCCGAUACAAUGAAUCCUCAAGUUUUCCACAAAAAAUUGCAAAAUCUUCGAGCGUCGAAGGAUGAAAUACUGAAAUUGGCCAAAUUCGAAGAUGACUCUACAUUAGAUAGGAAACAACGGUUGGGUCGAGUGUUCAAGGCCCUGUUUACAAUUUUAACCACUUUUAAAGGCGACGAAGACAAGCCAAUCUGUACACCAUUACUCAAACUUAAGAACCAGAAAUCGGACUCUACAUCAGAUUUAAAUGGGAUUCAAAAUAAAAUAGAUAACAACGACUAUGAAAGCAUAGUACAGUUCGACAGCGAUGUUAGCGGACUGAUGUCUAUGCUAAUGAGAGAGUAUAGUAAAGCCACUGCUGUGGGAUCGGCUGCUGCGCAGUUGAAAAAGGUCUACACAACCGCCAAAUUGGAGUUUGCCGAACAUCUAAGUAAAAUCCUUGGCUCUCAGGAAAGUCUACCAUCUGGAUUUAUACAAAAAACUAAACCGGAGGAAGUAAUCCUGUGCAUCUGCGGUCUACACGUGGAAGAAGGACUAAUGGUGCAAUGUGGCAACUCGCGUUGUGGUGUAUGGCAACACGCGCGAUGUAUGCGACUCGCUGAUACCAGCUCUACGCACUAUUGCCAUCUGUGUUCUACGGAGCCUGUGGAUCGCGAAAUUCCUCUAGACGAGUAUACAGAGGAAGGCCAUCAAUUCUACUUAUCGCUGAUGCGUGAUGGCCUUCAAGUAAGACAAGGCGAUACAGUUUACGUGCUAAGAGAUAUACCCAUUAAUGAUAAACAUCCCGAUGUCAGCCAAAAAACAGGAGAUAAAACGGAUUCGCCGAAGACAAAACGCGUCGACAGGAAGAAAUUAAAGAACAUUAAGGGAAAGGAAAAGGAAGAUAUUACGGUUAAUAAGGAUAACGAGGUACGAAAACACACAUACCAAACCAUCGGAUGCGUUCCAGUCUCGGAACUGGAUAUAUUCCGCGUGGAACGUUUGUGGAAACACAAGGAUACGCAAGAGAGAUACGUGUACGGGCAUCAUUACUUGCGGCCGCAUGAGACAUUCCACGAGCCCACUAGGAAAUUCUUCCACAAUGAAGUAAUGCGCGUACCCUUAUAUGAAGCCGUUCCCAUAGAACUUGUCAUGUCCCAGUGCUGGGUCAUGGAUCUCAAUACAUUCUGCAAGGGUCGGCCAGUGGGCGCAUCUGAAGCCCACGUAUACAUCUGUGAGCUACGCGUGGAUCGUACGGCGCAUCUCUUCACAAAAGUGUCUCGACCGAAAUAUCCGUUGUGCACGAAGCCUUACGCCUUCGACCAUUUCCCGCAAAGGCUUAAAAUUUCAAGGACGUACGCGCCUCAUGAGGUGUUGCCGGAAUAUCUUAAAGGUCGCGCUGGCAAGAAUUUCCUCGCUACGGACAAACCGAAAGCAACAAACGAGAUUAAGAAAAAACCAUCAACAAGUGCAAUUUCUAGUGUUAAUAAGGCACUAUCCCCUGCCCAGCGACGCGAGCAGCAAAAAGAGCGAGUGAAUGAAAUAGCUCGAGGUCUGCUCACACGGGGAGGUCAACGUGGAGCAGUUGACGCAUCGUAUCUAUUGGCGCCUCGCGUUGCGAGGAGACCUCGCGCCAGGCUCUCCUGACCACCAAGGAGUACAUGCCUUACGUGCACCACUUGAUACGUAACACGUGCGCAACGUACGAAAAUUAAAUAAUUUAUUACUAAAUGAAAUUCGGAUCUAUGGAUAUAGAGAAUAACUGACUAUUUAUAUUAAUACUAAAUGCUGAGAAGCAAAAUGUCUAAUAUUGUAAGUGCGGACUCUAAAGUUAUGUAUUCGCUUAUAUCAUGCAUUUGUGAAUAUUUAUUUUAGUUAAACUGCUUCUUAUCACGUAUUGCAAGAGCGGUUCGAAGUAUAUCCUGUACAUACAUUUCGCAUAAUCACAAGUAGAAUAUUAAUUGCACGUUAUGUGUAAAAAUUUUGUUACAUAUAAGUAUAAACAUUCCUUAUGUUGAAAGUGGACAAUAAGAGGAAUGGCAUGGAUUUUCAUCGGAAUCUCUUGUAUAUAAAAUAUUUUUGUAACUUAACGUAUUAUUUAUUUUCUUAGCUAUAGAAAUCUCAAAUUUCGUGUGCUUAUGCGUUUACAGAUGUAUUUCUAUAUAAAUUAGUUAUAUAUUUUUAUAGGCUAAUAUUGUUAAUUUAUCAUAGCGUAAUUACUAAACGACCAGUGGUGCGAACUGAUGUUGAGAGUUGAAAGAUUUAUAGUUAGGGAGUUGUUUGGCGGUUGUUAUAGUAAUGUUAGUAUUUCUUCUAGGUUUUUUUAAGGUUUUAUUUCUGGUCAUUUUCUACGUCCCGAGGACAGUACUUUUGACUUUUCGUAUGAAAAUUCAGUCGAAAGUUUCGAUACUUGCAAAACGUUAUACACUGCUAUCAUGUAUUAAAAUCUCUCUAUUUUUUACAAGUUAAGAUUAAGUAUGUAGAUGGGGUCGGUUGUUUUUAAUAUAUUCGGUUAUAAAUGGCCGCGCGAAAUCUUGCACUAUGGUACCCUAGUAAUUAUCGUUUAUGGUAUUUAUUAUGACUUUACGUACGUUUUAUCUUUUCCGAUCGUUACGUUUAUCGUUUUAAAAGUUUUCUUCCCUCUUGACCUUUGCUUGUUUAGGUUCUAGCUUCAAUCUAUUAAGGGCGUGAACAUUUUACUGAUAUAAUUCAGGAUAUUAGUCGAAGGUGCUAAGUAAUUAUAUAAUCGCUUAAAUUUUAAUUCAGUUGAAUUGUUUUGUGUUCGUCCACCGAUUUUUCAAUAUACUAGGGUGACCAUAAAGUAGUAUGUGAUCGUUCGUGAACAAAUUGUUUUUGUUUCUAAUUUAUUUGUAAAAACUGUUUUUUUAAUCAUAUCGCAUGCUUUAGUUAAGAUUGUGUUUUUAUUGCUUUUGCACUUGCUUAUACACGAUAGGUUUAUUGAUCCCAAAAGGUUUUAUAUGUUUAAUAUUAUUUUCCGUGGUUUUAGGAUGUAGCAUUGACCUAGCUUCUAUUAUACAAUUAAAAUAAUUCAUUUUGACAGUCCGUUUUCGACAAGCGACUUCAAGAUUCAGGGACUCGUUUAAGUGGAAAAUAACUCGUCCACCUGUUGUGUGCUACAGACGGACGAGUUAUUUUCCAUUUGGGCAAAAUCCAUAGCCGUUGGAUGAUUCAGAGCAUAAGGAAGAUUAAAGGUUGGAUUCAAAAUCGAAAAUUAGUGCGAACUGACGUAUGUCAAAAACGUGCUGGACUUUUUUUGAUGCAUUUGCCAAAUAGUUAUAGCUGUUGGCAUAUAAAAGGUUAAGGAUGAAUACUUAGGUUAUAUGGAACGUCCAACUUAAAACAAGUUUAGGAACUCUUAAAUUUGUAUAUGAAUUUUGAGUCACUACGAGAUUCUGACUUGAUCUUAUGUUGUCAUAAUUCUUUGACUAAGCAAUUUGUCUCUGAAUAUUAUAGAGAAUGUACUGUCAAAGUGUGUUUCUUUAAAAGUACAGUAACACCAUUAUUCAUAAAAACAAUUGCACUCUUUUAACAAAAUAGUUUGUCUCUUUCCGUCUAGUUGUAUUUAGCCUAUGAUAAAAGAGAUAUCAAUGAUUUUGGAAAACUUGGAUUGUGUAACUGAUUUAGUUUUUAUGAAUAAGGGGUUUAAUUUUCACUACUUCUUGAUCACAUUAGGUUUCGAUAUUUUAUAAGACAGUAAAUGUAAUAACUUAUAUUACAGAUAAUUAAUUUAUUAACAACACGUAGUGUUUUUUAAAGAUUUAAUUUUAAUUUUCCUUAAAUAGCUUAAUAUCCGUGGAACUUUGUACAAUACAACUUAUAGUGUUAAUAAGUAAGACAAAAUAGCUAGAAUUGGUUAUAGACACAUAUUUAAUAGGUUGGUGAAUUGAUACAGUAUUUUAAUAAGCUCCUCCAAAAUUCAGCGGCCUUAUAAAACGUAGAUAAAAGUAUCGUGUUUUUGACUAUGGUUACCAUAGAUAAAGAAUGGUAUCCAUGGUCACAAACAAAUUUAAUCCACGUUUUAGAGCCGCAGAUUUGUUCUCAAGUUCAAUUGAGUUCUUGAAACGCGGGCUGAAUAGUUCCGCCUGUAUAUCGUUAAUUUAAUGUAUUCGCCCUACCGGGUGCUGAUCUUCCAAAUGAAACAGUUAUUUAAUUAUCGAGUUUUAUAUGAUUAUUUACGACAAUUUGGUGGUAUGAAUCCUGCACUCAGUUAACCUUUGAAUGUCACUUCUUACAAUAAGAAAUACAUACAGUCAAUUCUAUAUAGCGAUGCUGAAGUGCUAAAGAGAUUAUUGAGUUAUGGAGAGAUAUCGUUGUGUGGAAAGAAACAUUACAUGAAGUUUACACUGUAACCUCUUUAUUAAUAAAACCUAAAUCACUAUUGUACACCUCUGUCUCUUUCAAAUUAUGUGUACCUGUGAUGAAUAGAGACAGAUGAGUACUAUAGUUAUAGUAAUGCAAUUAGACAUUUAGUUUUUCUGAUAUGGAAUCAGUCACACUGUUUAUCGAUUUGUCUCUUUCUGCCACGUUGCGCUUAUGUUUUGAUGAAAGAGAUCAUCAUAUCAACGUUACUUUAGUUGAUAUGGGUAAAAUUAGGUCGAGACUGCGGUAAGCAUGAGUCCCGUAUAUCAAAUCCUAUACGGGUAAGACAAACGGGAGUUAUACAUACCGCUAAGACUCUGUAUCGUACCCGGAAUUAUUAUUAAAUUUAAUCGGUCUAAUUACAAACUAAAGUACUCAUCUGUCCCUUUUUAUCACAGCGUAAACACAAUUUGACAGAAAGAGACGAAAAUAUACUAAACUUAACAGAGAUAAUUUUUUAUGAAAAAAGAGGUUAGUUAGUCUUUAUCGUGAAGUAGUGAACAGAAAUUACAGAUUUUUCUCUUGCACAAAAAAGCACUUCUUUGCCUUGUAGUUAGUUAAGUAUAUACCACGUUACAUGUUCAUGUUUCACACCAUAUGUACUUAAUUACAUAAUAGAUUCCAUAGUCAAUAUUAUAAGCGAUAGCGUAGAUAAUACAUGCUUUCAGUAUUUCAAAGUGUUUAAGGAAAUACAUAUUUUGGGAUCAAAAUUAUACAUGUAACAUUCGGCAAAACAAAAUUGAAAAUUGGUCACUUGAAUCAUUUUUGCUUUUUAGUUAUUAUAAGCUGGUCUUAACAUGCAUAAUAUUAAUAAAAUUAAAAUAUAAGCCAAUGUUUAAGCAAAAAUUUGAUUCAAGAGAUACAAAUUAUUGAGCAGCUUUACUAUUUUCUAAGUAAUAUUUUGUUUUAAGAUGCCAUUUGUUGUAACUCAUGUUUUAAUAUUAAAUUAAAAUCGAUAAAA